GUCUGAAUAGUCCCACUCAGGUAUUUGGGUGACAUUAGCUCCUGUCGUAGGACUUACGGAAUAUACAGUGGGGUUUUUAUGAUUACUAAUAAAUAAAGUUGUUCAUGCAAACUGGUGAGUGGGGCCUCGCUCAAACAGAGAAAUUCAUCAGCCUGUUCAUCAACUAAACCUGCAGCACGGAAGGGAGGUGAAGCGUACAGCCCCUGGAAUGUCAAAAUGUGCAGACUUCUUAUGUGGCCAUUUGCGUUACUGCUUCUCCUCCGCAUCCAUGAAGUGAACUCAGGGAAGUGCACCAAAUUCUGCAUAUGUGACAGUAUCCAGCUUACAGUGGCUUGUGUCAACAAGAACCUAACUGAGAUUCCACCUACCAUUGAUGAGAUCACAGUGAAGCUGGACCUGAGAGGUAAUAACCUGCAGGAGCUUCCCACAGGCGCCUUCACACAUACACCUUACCUCACUCACUUGUCCCUCCAACGCAGUAAAAUCCAUAAAGUGCGAGAAGGAGCCUUCCGCAGUCUUGGCCGCAUGGUGUUCCUCAACUUGGCCUACAACAACAUUGAGAUCCUCUAUCAGGAGUCAUUUGACGGGCUGUCCUCCCUGAAGCAGCUGCUCCUUGACCACAACAGAAUAGAGGAAAUCCAGCCUGGAGCUUUCUCACAGUUGGGCUUUCUUAACCUUCUCUCUCUCACCCACAAUCAACUGGUAUACAUACCAAACAUGGCUUUUCAGGGACUGCAGAACAUCAAGUGGUUGCGGCUCAGUCACAACGCUCUCAAUAACCUUGACAUUGAGGCUUUUGCUGGCCUCUUCACUCUCACCCGUAUCAGCCUUGAUAACAACGAACUGCAGUUUUUUCCCACUGAAACCAUGACCAGGCUUCCUGAGGUGACUCGCCUAGACAUGAAUUACAAUCCCAUGACCUAUCUUGGAGAGGAGGCAGUGUCUAUGGCCAAGCUCACACACCUGUUUCUGGAUCACAACUCUCUGCAGGAUUUCUCCAACAUGGCUGUUUUACUUUCUCCCCAUCUCACCCACCUGGACCUCAGUCACAAUCAGUUGCGUGUCCUGCAGCCUCUUGCUCCUGGCUCACCCAAACUUACUCGCCUCAAUCUGGCAGGCAACCCCAUCUACUGCAGCUGUUACCUGCGUCCACUGCGAGAGUGGGCAAUACAGGAGCGUGUGCGUCUUAUAGGAGCUUGUGGAGGUCCAUCACACCUGUCUGAGGAGAGACUGGAAGCAGUGCAGCCUGCAGAGCUCCGCUGUGAGAGCCAAGAGGCCAUGCUGAAAGCUGAGCUUGAGGAACAGCGCAGACUCCCAGUGCCACCCACAACCCCUCCUCCUGACAAGUGUCCAACAAAUUGUGUCUGUGAGGCUGAGAACCAUCACUCAUCCUGCGAGAACCGAGGCCACGCAAAAAUUCCUCGAGGCUUCUCUCCAGACACCCGUUUGCUGGACUUGCGUGGCAACCACUUCCACUACAUCCCUACGAACAGUUUCCCAGGUCUGCCAGAGGUUGUUUCCCUUCACCUGCAGCGCUGCAAGAUCCAUGAGGUGGAAGAUGGUGCCUUCAGUGGUAUGAAGGGCCUAGUCUACCUCUACUUGUCGGAGAAUGACCUCACGUCACUAAGUCCAAAUGCCUUCAAGGGACUCCCCCAGCUCACAUACCUUCAUUUAGAGAAUAACCGCUUUACCAAGUUUCCCAAAGGCGCUUUCAAGUUGCUGCCUGGCUUACUGGCUCUCCAUUUGGAAAACAACGCCAUCACUAAGCUUGAAACAAGGAUCCUAAUGGGUGCUGAGAAUCUGAGGGGUCUCUUUCUCACCUCCAAUGCUAUUACCAACAUCGCUCCCAGGGCCUUUGACCCAGCACCUGACCUUGACACACUGCACUUAGGCAGCAACAAACUUAAGGAGGUACCAACUAAUGCCCUCACUAAGACCAGCAGCUUGGCAGAGCUUCGACUGUCCUACAAUUCUAUUCGCUGGGUUGGGUCAGAAGCUUUUGUUCCCAUCGCAACCUCUCUGAAACAUCUUUACCUUGAUAACAUGGGUUUAGAAAAGAUGUCUAAAGAUUCACUUGCUGGUCUUGGGUCUGGCCUGCGGAGUCUUUACGUGGAGGGAAACCAACUUGAGGGUGUGCCUGACUUAAGCCUACUCACUGGGCUUGAGGCCAUUAAUCUGGCAGAGAAUCCACUCCUGUGUGACUGCCCUCUCCUUCCUCUGCGCAAAUGGAUAGACCAGGUGAACCUGAAGGUCAGAGCCACCUGUGCUUACCCACCUGAACUCAGAGGCCAGAGAGUUAAGGACGUCCAUGUCUUUAAGAGCUGUCCAGGAGAAAAGCCUCCUCCCACACUGAGCCCAAAGAUCUCAAAAGCCCCGAAAGCCACAAAAUCCAAACCUGCCCUCAUUAGUACCCCAAGGCUGAUCAAAGUAGCCAAAGCUAAAGCCAAACCACACAAGAAUGUAAAACCCCACUCAGCGCAGAAGUCCACUGCUAAGAAACGCAAGUCAGUGUAAUCCAGCACCAUUUACACCACCAAUCCUUCACAAUUAUAGAAAUUUAUCUAGAUACAAGUCUUUUAAACGCAUCAUUUAGGUCUGCAGGAAAUAUGCUUGUGUAUCUAAUAAGACAUUCCAAUUUGCGUGACAAAUAUACUCAGAACAAGUUUACUGGAUUGAGAUAGCAAGUUAGGACUAAGUGAUCUGGUGAUAGUCUUGUUUUAUUGUAUUUCAGCACUUGAUAUAUUUCUACAGUAUUUCUUUUACCUUCUAAAAUAAGGCUGUGGUUUUUUUUUCCAUUCUGUUUACUGAUUAUUGUAUAUACACACACUGCACUGCACAAUUAAACUUGGCUGA